AUGUUCCUGUGGCAUAUCACUGUCCUGCAGAAACAGAUUCAGAUCACUGUCCUGGAGAAACAGAUUCAGAUCACUGUCCUGGAGAAACAGAUUCAGAUAACUGUCCUGCAGAAACAGAUUCAGGUCACUGUCCUGGAGAAACAGAUUCAGAUCACUGUCCUGCAGAAACAGAUUCAGAUCACUGUCCUGGAGAAACAGAUUCAGAUCACUGUCCUGGAGAAACAGAUUCAGAUUACUGUCCUGCAGAAACAGAUUCAGAUCACUGUCCUGGAGAAACAGAUUCAGAUCACUGUCCUGCAGAAACAGAUUCAGAUCACUGUCCUGCAGAAACAGAUUCAGAUCACUGUCCUGGAGAAACAGAUUCAGAUCACUGUCCUGCAGAAACAGAUUCAGAUCACUGUCCUGCAGAAACAGAUUCAGAUCACUGUCCUGCAGAAACAGAUUCAGAUUACUGUCCUGCAGAAACAGAUUCAGAUCACUGUCCUGGAGAAACAGAUUCAGAUCACUGGUCUAAAUGCCCCUUCCCUGGAGCCCCUUCCUCUAGAGCCCCUUCCCUGGAGCCCUUCCCCUGGAGCCCCUUCCUCUAGAGCCCCGUCCCCUGGAGCCCCUUCCCCUAGUGCCCCUUCCCCUGGAGCCCCUUCCUCUAGAGCCCCUUCCCCUGGAGCCCCUUCCCCUGGAGCCCCUUCCUCUAGAGCCCCUUCCCCUGGAGCCCCUUCCCUGGAGCCCCUUCCCCUAGAGCCCCUUCCCCUGGAGCCCCUUCCCCUGGAGCCCCUUCCUCUAGAGCCCCUUCCCCUGGAGCCCCUUCCCCUGGAGCCCCUUCCUCUAGAGCCCCUUCCCCUGGAGCCCCUUCCCCUGGAGCCCCUUCCCCUAGAGCCCCUUCCCCUGGAGCCCCUUCCUCUAGAGCCCCUUCCCCUAGAGCCCCUUCCCCUAGAGCCCCUUCCCCUGGAGCCCCUUCCUCUAGAGCCCCUUCCUCUAGAGCCCCUUCCCCUGGAGCCCCUUCCCCUGGAGCCCCUUCCUCUAGAGCCCCUUCCCCUGGAGCCCCUUCCCCUGGAGCCCCUUCCUCUAGAGCCCCUUCCUCUAGAGCCCCUUCCCCUGGAGCCCCUUCCCCUGGAGCCCCUUCCCCUGGAGCCCCUUCCCCUGGAGCCCCUUCCCCUGGAGCCCCUUCCCCUGGAGCCCCUUCCUCUAGAGCCCCUUCCCCUGGAGCCCCUUCCUCUAGAGCCCCUUCCCCUGGAGCCCCUUCCUCUAGAGCCCCUUCCCCUGGAGCCCCUUCCCCUGGAGCCCCUUCACCUGGAGCCCCUUCACCUGGAGCCCCUUCACCUGGAGCCCCUUCCUCUAGAGCCCCUUCCCCUGGAGCCCCUUCCCCUGGAGCCCCUUCCUCUAGAGCCCCUUCCCCUGGAGCCCCUUCCCCUGGAGCCCCUUCCUCUAGAGCCCCUUCCCUGGAGCCCCUUCCCCUGGACCCCUUCCCUGGAGCCCUUCCCUGGAGCCCCUUCUCCUGGAGCCCUUCCUCUAGAGCCCCUUCCCCUGGAGCCCCUUCCCCUGGAGCCCCUUCCCUGGAGCCCCUUCCCCUGGAGCCCCUUCCCUGGAGCCCCUUCCCCUGUAGCCCCUUCCUCUAGAGCCCCUUCCCUGGAGCCCCUUCCUCUAGAGCCCCUUCCCCUGGAGCCCCUUCCUCUAGAGCCCCUUCCCCUGGAGCCCCUUCCCCUGGAGCCCCUUCACCUGGAGCCCCUUCCCCUGGAGCCCCUUCACCUGGAGCCCCUUCACCUGGAGCCCCUUCCUCUAGAGCCCCUUCCCCUGGAGCCCCUUCCCCUGGAGCCCCUUCCUCUAGAGCCCCUUCCCCUGGAGCCCCUUCCCCUGGAGCCCCUUCCUCUAGAGCCCCUUCCCCUGGAGCCCCUUCCCCUGGAGCCCCUUCCUCUAGAGCCCCUUCCCCUGGAGCCCCUUCCCCUGGAGCCCCUUCCCCUGGAGCCCCUUCCCCUAGAGCCCCUUCCCCUAGAGCCCCUUCCCCUGGAGCCCCUUCCCCUGGAGCCCCUUCCCCUAGAGCCCCUUCCUCUAGAGCCCCUUCCCCUGGAGCCCCUUCUCCUGGAGCCCCUUCCUCUGGAGCCCAUUCCCCUGGAGCCCAUUACCGUAGUGCCCCUUCCCCUGGAGCCCCUUCCCCUGGAGCCCCUUCCCCUGGAGCCCCUUCUCCUGGAGCCCCUUCCUCUGGAGCCCCUUCCCCUGGAGCCCCUUCCCCUGGAGCCCAUUACCGUAGAGCCCCUUCCCUAG